AUGUCCGCCAAUGCCGAGUCGGGGCCCGCCAUCGCCCCUGCCGGCGUCGCCUUGACUCAAGUGGCUCAGGACAUUGAAGCCGCCGGUGUUACACUCAGCUGUGACUCCAGCAACCCUACCCUGGAUUGUCUUCGUGAAGUGGAUGUGUACUCGAUCCAGACGUCCUACUUCAAUUCGACCUCCAACACCUGGUUCUCUCCGAUCGUGGACAACAUCACCCGCUUCUCUGACUACAAGUCGCGCUUCGCGGCUGGCAACUACCCCAAGUCGCUUCCCUUGAUCGUCGGCAACUCCGACCAGGAGGGCAAGCUCUUCGGUAUGGUUUACUCCAGUGAGAACACCAAUUUCUCCCAAUGGAUUAACACCUUCGAUGCCGACAUGGCUCACGUGCCUGAUGACGAGCUCCUGGCCGCCUACAACGCCUCGGACUAUGAAACGGUGUCCCUCAUGAGCGGUGCCUCGUACGGAGACGCUCGAUUCUUCUGUCCCACUGACUACUUGAUCGACGUCCGUGCGAACGAGCAGCCUACCUGGGUGUACCGUUGGUUCGGUGACUACGACAACGUCAUUGGCAUCCCAGGAAUCGGCGCAUCGCACGGAAGCGAAGUGCCAUUCUUCCACGGAGGCAAUGAGUGUUUCUCGAAACUGACCGACGUUACAGAGGCGGAGCAGGCGUUGGCUGAUUACAUGAAUAACUGGUUUGUUGCCUGGAUCAAGAACCCCAGCGCUGGACCGGGCUGGGACCAAGCCAAGCCCACCAACGGACCCUUGGCGAAGCUCGGAGUUCCUGGCAACGAGCUGGCCAUUGAAAUCGGAAGUACCGGCGAUUACAACGCCCGGUGCCAGUCCGUGUUCAAUCCCAACAUCCCCAAGUACCCCGUGGUCCAGAACCCGGUCACCCUGGCCGAGUCCUCCUAA